AGGGGUGAUUUUGUCAUCUCAUUCUUCUCUCUCAUCAUAACACAAAUGGGCUCUGUCUCCUUCUUCAUCCUACUCCUUUCUUUAUUAACAAACAACCUCUCUUCCCCUUUGCCCCUUUUCUCUUUCAAAUGCUCACCCAAAAAAAAAGAAGAAAAAAACCAAAUUAAUUAGCCAAUACCCAUGGAGGUUUCUUCUCAUCAUUCUUUCAAACCAAACCCAAAUCAUGAACAUCAUCUUCUUUCAACUCAACCCACACCAGAAGAAGAACAACCCCUUUCCAAAAAAAGAAAGGUUGUUCAAAAGACUGUGGUUACUGUAAAGAUUGGGUCUAAAAAAGCUGCAAUAGGGAUAGGGAAGAUGAAAAAUGAAGGUCCACCUCCUGAUUUUUGGUCUUGGAGAAAAUAUGGCCAAAAACCCAUCAAAGGAUCUCCAUAUCCAAGGGGUUAUUAUAGAUGUAGUACAACAAAGGGUUGUUCAGCAAAAAAACAAGUUGAGAGAUGCAAAACAGAUGGUUCAAUGUUCAUUAUAACAUACACUUCAAGCCAUAACCAUCCAGGUCCCAACAUCUCUACUCUUAAUUUGGAUCAAAAUUAUCAACAAGAGAUCGAUCCACCACAGCCGUUGGAUCGAGAUGAUGAUGAAGAUCAUCAUGAUCUUGUUCCAAAUCAAGCACAAGAUCAUGAUAACAACAGUAAUAAUGAUGAUAAAAACAGCAUUAUUAUUAGUCAGAGUACUGAAGAAGAAGAGGUAGAAGAAGUAGAAGAAGAAGAAGAAGAUGAAUUAUUAUUAGUAGAAGAUGAAGAGAAAAAAGGAAUUGAAAAAAUAAAAGAUGAGUGUUUGGAUCAAGAACCAAUAAUUAUUUCUUCUUCUUCUAAUUCUUCUUCAUGUUGUGAUGAGCUGAUGAUCAUAAAAACAAAAAAAUCAGAAAUAGAAAAUCAUGAUCAUUUCUUUGAUGAGCUUGAAGAAUUGCCCAUUCCUCCACCUUUUUCAAGCACCUUGAUGAGAUCAAGCUAUUCUUUUGAUGAAAUUAGGAUUUCUGCUGCCCCUUCUUGAUGUUAAUGCUGUUUUUCUAGUGCUUAUAAAUUCCCUUUCUGUUCUUAGAUAUAUGUGCAUAUUAUUAUAUCAUCCUUAUUAAUUAAAACUAUUAUUAGCAGUAUCAUUUUACUCUCAA